AUGGCGCUCCUCGCCUCGGCGCUGCGAGCAGGAUGGCAUUACAAGUACUGGCAGAGGCAUACGGCGGGGUACUUGCGCACCUUCGAGAAAAACAACAAGCUGCCCAACAACGAAAUGAUAGGCUAUGUCAUCAACGACAAGCACCCGAAGACAAUUCGGGUGGCCUGCGACCGCUACAUGUGGGUGAUGCGGUACAAAAAGGCCUUUCGCUAUACCAAGAAGAUAUGGGCGCACGAUGAGCACUCCGAGUGCCGCAUAGGGGACGUGGUGCGGGUGCAGCCCCUUGGCUACCGCAUCGGGCCCUGGAAGACGUACGUGCUGGUCCGCACCCUGCACCGCGAGCCGCGCGACGACGACCUGUCGCUGCGCGGCUCGGACGAGCGCAAUCUGCUGCUGGCCAGGAGAGCGCAGCCCGCCUCUCCGCUCGUGGAGUCCGAGGGGCCCGAGCCGCCCCGGACGUAUUGGACUCUGCCUCUCGGCCCAGAGGGGCGGGGUCAGGCCUUCGUCGCCGCGGCCCAGGGUCGGCUUGCGGCGUGCCCGAUGCCGCCCAAGGCUGCGGACAAGAAGGAUGUUAUCCAGGCCUCCGGCGGCAAGGUAAAGAACACGUUCCUGGAGUUCGGGGAGCGGGAAGACGACGAGGCUGGCUACUGGAAGCGGCGCACGAGAAGCCUGGACGAUGACCCAAAGGCCAAGGUGAAGCAUUCGCCGCUAGUCGUGGCCUCCAAGUCGCCCGUGACCUCGCCGAUGUUGCAGCCCGUCAGCGAGGGAGCAAUGCAGGCAGCUCUGAUCCUAGUCCAAUUCGAGAUGCUCGACGACGCCGCCAUCGCCUUCGACGAGCCCUCGGCCUCCAGGCGCUCGGGUCAUCUCUCCGCGCUCGUGGGCCAGUUCCGCUCCAAGUCCGCCUUGGCGGCUUCGCCGCAGCGGGGAUCGCCGGGCCUGGGCAGAGUCGCCGCCACCAAGGCCCCGGACUUGGUGGCUUCUUGGAAGAAGUCGGAUCCCGUCCACCAGAAGUUCACCCCCGCCUACCAACGCCGGCUGCCUCACGACGGCGCCACGGCGGCGGCUUACGUCGCCUACGCCUUCAGCGAGCAGGCCUUCAUCUACCCGAUCACGCCCGCCACGCCCAUGGGCGACGCCUUCGCUGCCUGGGAGGCGAAGGGCAAGAAAAAUCUCUUCGGAGAGCCCUGCCAGGUCACCCAGAUGCAGAGCGAGGGCGGGGCCGCUGGCGCCCUGCACGGAGUGGUGGACGUUGGGACGCUCGCGACCACCUUCACUUCAUCGCAGGGGCUGCUGCUCAUGAUCCCCAACAUGUACAUCCUCGCGGGCGCGCUCAACCCUUGCGUCAUCCACGUCGCCGCGCGUGCCCUCACGAAGCACGCGCUGUGUAUCUUCGGCGACCACACGGAUGUAAUGGCGGUCCGGCAGACGGGCUUCGCUAUCCUGAGCGCCCACAACGUGCAGGAGGUCAUGGACAUGUCCCUGGCAGCGCACGUGGCCACCCUGAAGUCCUCGGUGCCCUUCGUCUGCUUCCAGGACGGCUUCCGCACCUCCCACGAGAUCAACAAGCCCGAGGUGAUACCGUACGAAGCGAUGAACCAGCUCGUGCCCUGGGAGGAUAUCCACAAGUACCGCCGCAGGGGCCUGCACCCGAACAGGCCGCACGCGCGCCAGCAGGGCCAGUUCAGCGACACUUUCUUCCAGAACGCUGAGGCGUCCAAUCUGUACUACGACGCCGUGCCCGGCAUUGUGCAGAGCGUGCUGGACGACAUCGGUGCCAUCACGGGGCGUCACUACAAGAUCUUCGACUACAAGGGCCACCCAGAGGCCGAGCACGUCAUAGUCUCUAUGGGAAGCUCGUGCAACGUCAUCAACGAGGUGGUCAAGGCCGAGCACGAGAAGGGUGUCAAGGUCGGCCAGGUGAACGUGCACCUCUUCCGCCCGUGGGACAGCACCUCGUUCAUCAACUCUCUGCCGCCCACCGUGAAGACUGUGACAGUGCUGGACCGCACCAAGGAGAGCGGCUCCCGCGAACCCCUGUUCCUGGACGUGGCCUCGACCAUGCAGACAGCGCAGGUGCCAGUGACCGUGCUGGGAGGCCGCUACGGCCUGGGCCAGAAGGACCUGACUCCUGGCAUGGUGCUCUCCGUCUUCCAGAAUGCGCGGAAGGCGCUGCCCAAGGACGGCUUCACCAUUGGCAUCGAAGACGACGUGACUCACACGUCGCUGGUGCCCGAGCCAGAGCCAGUCCUGUGCCCGCCAGGGACGAAGCAGUGCCUCUUCUGGGGCAUGGGCAGCGACGGUACUCUCAGCGCCAACAAGAACGCCAUCAAGCUCAUCGGCACGCAGACCGACCAGCACGUGCAGGCGCACUUCGUCUACGACAGCAAGAAGGCUGGCGGCUGCACCGUCUCGCACCUGCGCUUCGGCCCCGAGCGCAUCGAGUCGUCAUACAACAUCAUGUCGGCGGACUUCAUCUCGUGCUCGCAGAGCACCUGGGUGCCCAAGUUCAAGGACCAGCUCUGGGCCACCAUCGCCCCAGGCGGCACCUGCGUCUUGAACAUUCGCCAGAAGACACCCGAGGAGGUCUCGCAGGUCUUGCCCGCGGUCAUGAAGCGCAUCGCGGCCGAGCGCGACAUCAAGCUUUACACCAUCGAUGCGAACGCGGUCGCGAAGGCAUGCGGCCUCGGACGGCACACGAACAACAUCUUGACAGCAGUAUUCUUCAAGUUGUCGGAGGUGCUCGACGUCGACGAGGCCAUCUCUUUGUUCAAGGACUCCAUGCGCAAAAGUUACAAGGCCAAGGGCAAGGACAUUGUGGAGAGGAACCUGAAAGCAGUCGACCAGGCGUUCGAGAACCUCCACCGGAUCCACUUCCCGAGGGACGAAUGGCUCUCCGCCGUGGACCACACGCCAGUGGAUCCAGGCCGCCCAGCAUUUUGCACAGAGGUGAUGGACAAGAUGAGCGCCCUGGACGCGGACAACCUGCCGGUGUCGGCCUUCGACCCGCGCGGCCAUUUCCCCACCGCCACCACCAUGUACGAGAAGCGCAGCUUCGCCCUCUCGGUGCCCGUCACGGACAUGGACAAGUGCACGCAGUGCAACAAGUGUGCGGCCAUCUGUCCGCACGCGGCGAUCCGACCGUUCCUCAUCUCGCAGGUGGAGGCUGACAGGGCCCCGCAGACUUUCGAGAUGGUGAAGGCCAAGGGGGGCAUCGAGACCGCUGGGCUGAUGUACCGCAUCCAGGUGGCCCCGGACGACUGCACUGGCUGCCAGGCCUGCAGCAACACCUGCGGCGACGGUGCGCUCACGAUGACCCCGCUGCCGGAGGUGGUUAACAUGGAGCAGUCGAACUGGGACUUUGGCAUCAAGCUGCCCGACAGGGGCAGCUACGUCGAGAAGAGCACGGUGAAGGGCGCGAUGUUCCAGAAGCCCAUGCUGGAAUUCUCUGGCGCCUGCGAGGGCUGCGGGGAGACGCCGUACGCGAAGCUGGCCACGCAGCUCUUCGGGGAGCGCCUGCUCAUCGCGAACGCCUCCGGCUGCAGCUCCGUCUGGUCCGGCACCGCGGCCUUCAGCCCCUUCGCCAAGAACGAGCACGGCCAGGGCCCCGCCUACGGCCGCUCGCUCUUCGAGGAUGCGGCCGAGUACGGCCUCGGCAUGGCCAAGUCCAUCAAGCAGCGCCGUGGGCAGCUGGUGGCCCGGGUGGACUCGCUGCUGAACGCCGAGGAGCACGAGCUGGUUCUCGGGCUCAUGCCCGCGCGGCUCCGGGAGAACAUGGCCGAGUGGCUCAUGCACAAGGACGACCCGGAGAUCUCGCAGCGCCUCGCCCGUGCGAUCAAGGAGGACCUGAAGGGCGUGCAGGACGGCACGCUUGCCUCCGCGAAAAAGGGGGGCAAGACGCUCGCGUCGAAGGCGGGCUCGAUGGACAUGUUCCGCAACAGCGUCACGGCCAAGGUUGACACCAACACUGAGAUUCUGAGGAGCGCACCGAUUAUGCAGGAUAUCUUCUCCAUGGAGGACGCGUUUGUGAAGGUGUCGCCCUGGAUCUGGGGGGGCGACGGCUGGGCCUACGACAUUGGCUUCGGCGGGCUGGACCAUGUGCUCGCCCAGUCGCGCGACAUCAACCUCAACGUGCUGGUCAUGGACACCGAGGGCUACAGCAACACCGGCGGGCAGGUCAGCAAGGCCACCAACUACGGCAGCGUGCAGAAGUUCGCCCCGGCGGGCUACCGCCUGGCCAAGAAGGACCUCGGCGCCAUCGCCAUGAGCUACGAGCACGUCUACGUGGGCUCCAUGGCCAUCGGCGCGGACUACGGGCAGUCCGUGAAGGCCUUCCUCGAGGCGGAGGCCUUCGAGGGACCGUCGAUGCUGCUGGCCUACUCGCCCUGCAUCGAGCACAAGAUCCUGUUCCCGCGCGGGUUGUCGCACCUGGAGAGCGUCAUGCAGGAAGCUGUCGAGGCGGGCUACUGGACGCUCUACCGGUACAACCCCGCCCUACGGGCCAAGGGCGAGAACCCUUUCCGGCUCGACAGCAAGCGCCUCACGCGCACCGUGGAGGAGUUCACCUCCACGGAGAACCGCUUCAUGACCCUGACCCGCACCAACCCCGAGGUCGCGGACCAGAUGAAGGCCUCCCUCCAGGAGUUCGUGACCCGCAGGCACGACAAGUUCAAGCGCAUGGCGGCCGGCGAGGACGUGGGGGAGUCCACGGGCGCCCCCCUGACGAUCCUGGUGGGCAGCGACACGGGCACGGCCGCCGAGCUCGCGCUGCGGACGAAGAAGAUGUGCGAGGCGCGCGGCUACAGCGUGAGCAUCCUGGAUCUGGACGAGAUCGGCAGUGUCGAGGACCUGUCCGAACACAAGAACGUGCUGGUCCUCUGCUCCACCGCGGGCGAGGGCGACAUGCCCGGGACGGCCACCAAGUUCUGGGACACCUUCUCCGAGGGCACCCACGCGCCAGACGCGCUGGCGGGGAUGCACUACCACGUAUUCGGUCUCGGCGACCGCGGCUACCGCCACUUCAACAAGGCGGCCAAGCAGAUAGACGCCAAGUUCGAGGAGCUGGGCGGCGAGAGGCGGCAGCCCGUCGGGCUGGGCGACGACCAGGACGACGACAAGUACGAGACCGCGCUGGACGAGUGGAUGCCCGAGUUCUGGAAGGUCCAGGGCGCCCCGGAGCCCGCCGACGCGGAUAAGAUCCCCGAUCCGAUGUUUGAGCUCACCUCGGUGCCUUCCAGCGAGUGGUCGUACCGGCAGAUUGUGCCCCCUGGCACCAAGAUGAUCACGCUGGAGAAGAACGUGCGCAUCACGCAUCCGGAGCACGACCGCAUCAUCCGCCACCUCAGCUUCGACAUCGCGGGCAAGGAUUUCUCGUACCUCCUGGGCGACGCGCUGAACAUCUUCCCUCAGAACGACCCGGCCCGCGUGCGCCAGUUCCUGGAGUUCUACGGCGUGGACCCAGACGAGGUUUUCCACGUGAGGCCCACUCAGGAGGACGUGGACAAGCGACGCAAGUCCGCAUACCAGCGGCCGCUGACCGCCCAGCAGAUGUUGACCGAGGUUGUCGACGUAUUGGGACGGCCGAACAAGUUCUUUAUCUGGACGCUGUCCAAGUUCGCUCAGGACCCAGCCGAGAAGGCGCGCCUGGAACUGCUGGCGGGCGACACGCCCGAGGGCAAGCAGGCUUAUGCCGACCUGGCCACGGAGACCACGACGUACGAGGAGCUCCUGCGGCAGUUCCCGUCUGCGAAGCCUCCGUUGGAGCAGCUGCUCAGCAUGAUCCCGUGCAUCAAGCCGCGCCUGUACUCCAUUGCAUCAUCCCAGCGUGCAAUGAACGACAAGGUCGAGCUGAUGAUUGUCAUCAACGACUGGAACACUCCAGGUGGCAAGUUCCAGAUCGGCACCUCCACGGACUACGUGAACCGCCUGGCUACUGACAGUGACCCAUUCUUGAGCUUCCAGGUGCCCUGCGGGAUCACCUCGGGGACCUUCAACUUCCCGCCCUCCAUGAUGCAGCCCAUGAUCAUGACGGGCUUGGGAACUGGCCUGGCGCCCUUCCGCGCGUUUAUCCAGGAGCGUGCCUUCUUCAAGCGCUUGGGUCACGACGUGGGCCCCAUGUGGCUUUUCUACGGCUGCCGCUACCGCGCGAAAGACUAUUGCUAUGGCGAGGAGCUGGAGGAGUACCAGAGGGAGGGAGUGCUCACGGAGCUUCGCGUGGCGUUCAGCCGUGACCAGAAGGAGAAAAUUUACGUGCAGCACAAGAUGCAGGAUGCGGCCAAGGACCUGUACAAGGACUUCGAGACACACCAGGGCUACUUCUAUCUCUGCGGGCAGGCCGGUGCGGUGGAGACGGACAUUGAGAACGCCAUCAAGGACUCAAUCAGGUCGGGCAGCAAGGGGAUGACGGACAAAGAGGCGCAGGACUACGUGGAGAAGAUGCACGAGGACGGCAGGUACAACCUCGAGCUGUACUGA